GCCGUUUUAAUAUGGUCUGAAAUAAGCAGCGCCGUUAAAAAGUCGAAACCUGUAGGAGCGAGUUUUCUUUCGAUAUCAAAGCUUCAAAAGAGGACUUCCCAGAAUUAAAGAACAAACAAACCCAACAACAUUACGAUGAACACUUACGUGAAAGUUGACCUUGUGGCUGUUACUGUUGUUCUGCUGAUUUCAUUCUUCUGCUCGGCAGAAAGCUUUCGGGAACUUGCUGAAGACAAACUCAGCGAAUCAUUGACGCUUGAUGAAUUUACAAAUUCAGUUCUGCCAUCAGACGACAUUGAAGAGACAGGAUACGUCAUUUCCGGUCCAAGCGAUAAGAGAGGCUUCUGGGAUAAACGAGGAUUCUGGGAUAAGCGCGUGCACGAUCAGGCGUGGCUUAUGUCGCGUUACUUUUUCCCGCGGUUUGCGUAUAUGAUUCCACCCUACCCGACGAAUCAAGAAAAGAUGAGAAGACGUAUGAAUGGAAAACGUGGAUUUUGGAACAAAAGAAGUGACCUUGGUGACGUAGAAUCGUCGAAGGCUUUCAGCGAUUUUUACAUUAGAAAAUGAAAGCAACGAAUGGUUUAAACUACACUGUUUAUAACAUUGCCAUUGACUAAAAAUAAUUGUUAAUGCUUUUGUUUACUAACGGCUUUAUUCUGUAUUAUGUACCCAAGGUAUCAAAACUAUUAAAUAUUCGAGUAGAAAAAGACAAGUUAUAAGUAAUAAUAAGGGCUAAACUAUGUUCCAUAUCACAAAUUGACACUGUAGUUGCCAAUGUAUUAUUUCAAUAAUUGUUAUACAUGUAUAUGACUAAUGAUAUUAAGAACGUUUUGUUACAUAAUUAAGAACGUUUUGUUACAUUACGAAGACGCA